CCAUGUUGGCCCUUCGCUUGUUUCUGGUGCUGCAGUGCAGCCUGUUGGUUCUGGCGGGAGUUUGUUUAAUACCGCAGCCCAUCAAAAGACAGCGGUCGCUUAAGAAUGUGUUGGAGAAACCCUGGAGACUGUCUCCUCGCCUGGAUGGUCGAAUUGUGGGAGGACAUCGCAUUAAUAUCACCGAUGCACCGCAUCAGGUUUCCCUGCAAACUUCGUCCCAUAUCUGCGGCGGCUCCAUCAUUUCCGAGGAGUGGAUACUUACAGCUGCCCAUUGCACUUAUGGCAAAACUGCAGAUCGCCUGAAAAUACGCCUGGGCACCAGUGAGUUUGCCCGCAGUGGCGAGCUCCUGCGGGUCCAGAAGAUCGUCCAGCAUGCCCAGUUCAACUUCACCAAUGUGGACUACGAUUUCUCCCUGCUCCAGCUGGCGCAUCCCAUCAAGUUCGACGAGACCAAGAAGGCCAUAAAGCUGCCCGAGUCGCAGAUGAAGUUCAUGGACGGGGAGACCUGCUUUGUGAGCGGCUGGGGCAACACGCAGAACCUGCUGGAGUCCAGGGAGUGGCUGCGCCAGGUGGAGGUGCCGCUGGUCAACCAGGAGCUGUGCAGCGAGAAGUACAAGCAAUACGGCGGGGUCACCGAGCGCAUGAUCUGUGCCGGGUUCCUGGAGGGCGGCAAGGAUGCCUGCCAGGGCGACUCCGGCGGUCCGAUGGUCAGCGAGUCGGGGGAGCUGGUGGGCGUGGUCAGCUGGGGCUACGGCUGCGCCAAGCCCGACUAUCCGGGUGUCUACUCCCGCGUGAGCUUCGCCCGGGAUUGGAUCAAGGAGCACAGUGGUGUUUGAACUUAAAAACCUCUUAAAUGUACCUAG